CAGUGCAGCUGGGGUUUCCCCUCCUCUGCCCCUGACCCUGGGAAAGGCAAAGAUCCUUGUCAGCAGGGUCCCAUGGUAGGAGCAGAGGUGAUGUGGGGGCCAGUGGUGAGGUUUGGAGGAGUCUGGACUGUUGCCUUCUAGCCAAAAAUACAAUCUUUCCCUCUGUGGGGUCGAUGGAAGGAUGGAUGGAUGGAUGGAUGGAUGGAUGGAUGGAUGGAUGGAUGGAUGGAUGUCAUCACCAUCAGCCCUUUCGCUCCUCCAUCAGUAUUCAAUUCCACUGAGUGCAAAUGCCACAUCACACAUGAAUGUAUCAUACCAGAGGUGCUGGGCUCUGGGAGGGCUAUGGCUUCUCUGUGCCCUUCACCCAUAUGUCUUUUUUUUAUAUAAACAAAAAAAAAAAAAAAAAAAAAAACAACCUCCCCCCACAAAAAAAUAGCAACCAAAACAAACAAAAAAAAAAAGUAAGAAAAAACCCUCUGAGUUUGCAGAGCGACUCAUUUCUUGGCCAGGUACAGGGAGAAGGGGGGAGGAAGGUCACCCUCGUUGUCCCCCUGCCUCAGGGUUCAGCAGGACAGUGGGUCCUAGAUGGGAAAGGGGAAGUGUUCUGUGCCAGGGAGGCUGGGUGUUGGCGGCUGCCGUGAUUCACUCCCACGCGUGGUUUUGCGCAACCCUCGGCCUCUGCUUCCUCCCUCAUCCUCCUCCUCCAGCUCCUGCGGGACCGAGUGCUCCUGGUGUGGCUGGGCAGUAAGGGACCCCCGCAGGGUCUUUGGGGCUUUUGGGGUCCCAGGGACGUGAUACCAAAGAGGAGCUUGUUAAGACGAGUGUUGACGAGGGCUGGAGGGGAUCUGGGGCUUUUGGGGUUAUUUCGGUGGAGGGGAUUCGGAUCAGGGUGGAUAAUUUAUGAUGUGUUUCUGUCCGCCGGAAUAGUAUAAUUUUAUGGCUCUCGAGGAGAGAAAAAACAAAACAGAACAACUCUUUCUUUCUUUUUUUUCUUUUACUUUUCCUUCUUUUCUUUUCUUUUCUUUUCUUUUCUUUUCUUUUCUUUUCUUUUCUUUUCUUUUCUUUUCUUUUCUUUUCUUUUCUUUUCUUUUCUUUUCUUUUCUUUUCUUUUCUUUUCUUUUCUUUUCUUUUCUUUUCUUUUCUUUUCUUUAUUAAAAAAAAAAAGAAAAUUAUGUUCUGAGCAGCUUCUGCCAUGUCCUGUAUCCGGGGGAGGCGGGUACAAAGAGGUGCGGGCAGCAGGGGUGGAGGGGCGGUGUGGGCUCGCCCAGCCCCCCAGGCAAACGUGCCGCCCCGCCCCUCCCCGCCCCUCCCCGCCCCUCCCCUCCCCUCCCCUCCCCCGGUUUCACAACCGCGGCCCCGCCGAUGUUCUCCUACCUGGGAGUGGGCGCAUGGCGUGGCCGUCGGGGACGCUUCUCCUCCUCCUUCUCCGCCUCCUCCUUCACCUCUCCGCCGGCGGGCGGCCCUGCGGCCCCACCAGACUGUCGCGGGACACGGUCUUGGGCCACCUGGGAGCCAACAUCACAUUGACCUGCCAGGACGAGGUGCCUGCAAAUGCCACGGUGUUGUGGCAGGUGGAGGAGCAGGGGACAGCAGGGGGCUGGGGACAGCAGCUGGCAGAGGGUAACACUCUGCUCCUGCGGUGGCUGCGCUACGAGGACUCUGGGCACUACAGCUGCACUGUGGGGAGCCGCCUGCUGCGCUCCCUGCGUCUGCUGGUGGCAGAGCCCCCUGAAACUCCCCAGGUCUCCUGCUACCGGCGGAGCCACGACAAGGACGUCCUGUGUGAGUGGCCACAGCAGGAGAAGCCAUCCCCAGGGACAAGGGCGAUACUCUGGGUGAAGCAGAGGUUUGUGGCUGAGAAUGCCACAGAGCAGCGGUGCCGCUACUUCUCCAAGGCACGAAAGUUUGUUUGCCGGGUGAAGGUGCCACCUGGCGCUGAUGACACCAAACACCUUGUGGUGUCCACGUGCGUCAGCAACAGUGCUGGUGGCUCGGCUGGCAAAGACAAGAUCAUCACCCUCAGCAGUAUCCUGAAGCCAGACCCCCCAAUCAAUGUGACAGUGGAGGCACUGGAGAAGGCCCCUCAGCGGCUGCAGGUGAACUGGUCCUACCCCUCAUCCUGGGACCGCCGUUUCUACUGGCUCCGCUUCCAGGUCCGCUACCGGCCUGAACCUGCUCCAACUUUCAUGGAGGUGAGACCCUGCUUGCUGGCAUGUUGCUUGUCCCUGGUCAGAUUAUCCCCAGCACUGUGUCCCCUCCAGGUGGAUCAGGUGACAACAACUUGGCUCGACAUUCGUGACGCAUGGCGUGGGACGAGGCAUGUGGUGCAGGUGAGGGCCAAGGAUGAGUUUGGCCACGGUGCAUGGAGCGAGUGGAGCCCGGAGGCUGUGGGCACCCCUUGGACAGAACCUUGGGACCUCACCUCUGAAAUGGAGCCUUUCAGCUCACAGGUCCCCAUGGAAGAUGGUACCUAUGGGGUGACACUGCUCCCCAAGCUCUUUGGGGAGGAUGAUACUAAUGAUGCUGGUGGGUCUGUCAUGGAAUCCAGUACCCAUCCUGUGGCAACCCCCUAUGCUUUCCUGGUCACUGGAGGAAGUCUGCUACUUGGCAUCGCCCUGUUUGUUGGCAUCGUGGUGAGGUACAGGCAGAAAUGGUGGACAAGUGGGCAGAAGACGGCCAAGCCAGAGGGCGAAGGGCAGCAUAUGCUGGUCCCCCUAGGUGUCCCCCUGCCUGCACUCAGUGAUACUCCUCUGCUCUCACACCCUGCCCCCUCAGCCCCUGUAAUGCUCCACAUGACUCACACAGAUAUUUCCUCCUCAGGGCAGUAGUCAAGGGCUGAAUAUGCUGGUAGGUGAUUGGGGGUUGGAUGGGGAGCCCCAGGACUGCGAUGUGGCUUCUGGGAGCAGUUCCCCUCCACCAUCUGGUGGUUCUGUGGCUGGGACAAGCCUCUCAGGAGGGAAAUCAGUGCCACCCCCCAUGGAGAAGCAGCUGGGAAAGGCCCCAGACUGAGUCCUUCAGCACCGUGGCCAAGCUGGGGUGUCCAGGAGUGACAGUGCUGGAAGCAUGGCUGUACUAGAGCAUGGGGGCUCGCCCGGGACCGGGUUAGGGGGUCCCACAGGGAAGGGCUUGGUUCCUAU